AUGGCGACAAUGGUCUGUCGUGGCCCUCAACCCUGCGUCGAUUCUCAAUUCAUCGAAACAACUUGGCCUCGAAUCAAAUUACAUCCUCAUCCUCAUCCCCCUCCUUCUCUUCAUUUCGCUCUCAAUUCCUGUUUCCUCGAUCUCGAUAAUUCUUCCAAUUCCCUCCCCCAAUGCCACCAACUUAACCAGAUUCUUCUCAAUCACAACGCUAUUAACUCUCUUCCUCCUCCUCCUUCUCCUCCUCCUCCCUCCGAUGACGAUGACGUCUCCAAGAAAUCCGUUAAAUCCGCAAUGGCGUCUAAGGAAUUACAAUCUGAUUAUGUUCAUCCACUCGUUAAACGCUCUCGCUCUGCUCUGAGUGAUGAGAGUCUUGCACUCUGUACGGAGAAUUUAGGGAAUGAGACUGGAGAUGAUUUCGUUGAGGAUGUUGUUUUUUCCGAUCUGAUAAACGAACGGUCUUCGAUGAGGAAGCGAGUGAAAUCGAAAAGAAAUCAAGGUAAUAACAAAGUUUUUCCACCGCCUCUGACUACAAUCGCUGGUGUUGAUUCGAUUCGUGUACGGUCAUAUCGUGAAGACGGACGGUUAAUAAUGGAGGCGGUGAAAACUCCGGCGAGACUUUCGUAUUUCCACGUUGAACGAAGCCAUGGACGGCUUCGAUUGAGCAUUUUGAAAAGUAGCACUUCAAGUUCCAGAUUUGACUGUGGAGAAGAAAGUACGGAGAAGCAAAAGGUAAGAGAAAAAGAAAAGGAAGAAGAAGAAGAAGUAAGAAGAAACGACGACGUUGAAGUGGUGGGGGAGAAAGGUAAUUAUGAGGAAGAUUUGGGGGGGAAAGUGGAAGAAAAUGGAAAUCUUGGAGGGGCGGAAAUCGAAAUAGAAAAGGUUGAAAGACCAUGCAGGUGCAACGAGGCGGGUGAAAAUAAUAAUAUUGACGAAAUUAAAAACAACAAUGAAAUGUUGGUAUUGACUCGGGAGCCCCUCUCCAUUUGGGUCUCUUCUUAA